GGAGGGCCCAUGUCUGACUUGGGGCUGUGCCACCAAUUUGUUGGGCAACUCCCAAGGCUGGGGCUGCAAGRACUUUGAUUGACCCCCCAAAAUUAGGCUGCACUGUACUCCAUGUCCCCCAUCCAUGCCGUCUGCUGGCAAAAGGAACAUGUUUUGCCCAUUUCCUGGGGAUGCCAAGUGAACACSUGCCCAGCACAGGCACCACAAAAGGGGAUCGAUCAGGACAGGCUGCCUGGGCCACAGCAAUGACGAGCUGCAGCUUGGGAGUCCUUGCAGAGGAUUACCAUCUGAAUUUUCACCUGGCACUGCCACAGGGAGGCUGAGAACCUCCUUGCAGUGCAUUUAAGCACACAGGGCGGGGGAAUGCAGGUGUAAAGGUCAGUGGUGCAAGAGCCGUGGCGAGCUGCCUGGACUUCAGCCUUCCCUUCCAAUCCACGGCRAGAGAAACUCCGGGGAAAUUCAGCUGAGCAGCGAAGGCACAGCACUGUCCUGAAAGCUGCUGUCACCUGCUGCAGGCCACCAUGGUCCGGCGUGUGGCCGUGAUCGGGGCCGGGGCCGGGGGUUUGGCCUCCAUCAAGUGCUGUCUGGAUGAGGGGCUGGAGCCCACGUGCUUCGAGAGCAGCGAGGACAUCGGCGGCGUCUGGCGCUACACGGACUCCAAGGACGACAGGAGAAUCAGAGUGUACCGCUCAGUCAUCACCAACACCUCCAAGGAGAUGUCCUGCUUCAGCGAUUUCCCCUUCCCGGAKGAUUUUCCCAAUUACCUGCCCCAUGGCCUUGUCCUGGAGUACUUCAGGAUGUAUGCCCAGCACUUUGAUCUCCUGCGGCACAUCCGCUUCAGGACAACAGUUCUCAGCGUGAGAAAGUGCCCAGAUUUCACCACCACGGGCCAGUGGGAAGUGGUCACCGAGACUGACGGUGCCUGUGAGCUCCUCAUCUUUGAUGCUGUCAUGGUUUGCACUGGCCAUUACCAGGAGCCCUACUUGCCACUGGCUUCUUUCCCAGGCAUUGACAGUCGCUUCCARGGCCAGCGCCUCCACAGCUGGGAAUACCGAGAUGUGGAGGCUUUCCGAGGAAAGCGCGUCCUCCUGGUCGGCAUCGGCAACACCGGCGGGGACCUCGCCGUGGAGCUGAGCCAUGUGGCCACCAAGGUGUUCCUCAGCACCAGGAGCAACACGUGGGUSAUGAGCCGGGUGUCGGACCAUGGCUUCCCCUUUGACAUGGUCAACACCAACCGCCUCAACCACUUCCUGGAGUGGCUUCUCCCAUCAGCCCUCACAAGGAGGAUCAAGUUUCGGAAGUUCAAUUCAUGGUUCAACCACACAAACUAUGGCUUGGCUUCCAGCAAAAGCUCCAAAUUUAAGAUGAUUAUCAAUGAAGAGCUGCCGUUCUGCCUCCUCUCUGGGACUGUGGUGUUGAAGCCAAAUGUGAAGGAGUUCACUGAAAGCUCUGCAAUUUUUGAAGACGGGACAACCGAAGAAAACAUUGACGUGGUGCUGUUUGCCACGGGCUACAACUUUUCAUUUCCCUUCCUCGAAGAGUCCGUUCGCAGCGCCAUCGACGAUAACCGUUCCCUCUACAAAUGUGUCUUCCCUCCCCAGYUGGAAAAGCCCACGCUGGCCAUCAUUGGCUUGAUCCAGCUGACAGGCUCAAUUAUGGUGGGAUCAGAAAUGCAGGCUCGCUGGGUGACGGGGGUCUUUGCAGGCUGGAACAAGCUGCCUCCCCCCAGCAGGAUGAUGGCUGAAGUUUCRAAGAGGAAGCCGCCAGUCAAAAGGUAGUGGAGACAGCUGGGUUCAGGGCCAAGAACCCCUCGUGGAGCCAGGCAGKGUGGGUGGGGGACAGUUGGUGUCAAAUUUUGGCAGGUCAAGGUGAGUGUUCCACAAGGAUGUUGUGUGUGGGGGAGAGCUGACAGCCUGCCUURCUGGCAAUGGGAUUUCACAGCAGUGGAGAUAUGUCCAUGAGGAUAUGGGGUGGGGUGAUGAGGUUGUGAUGCCUCACAAGAGCAAGGAAGGGACCUCUCGGCACAGGCUGGAUUAGGUCUGCCAGCAGGACAGGGCAGGCUCUUGGGACACUGGUGAAAAGCUGGGACAAAACAGAGCCACGGGGAUUAUCACCAGGACAAAAAUAUGGAAGCUUGAGGUGCAAGGGACACAGACUUGAGGCUGUCUCAAAUUCCCUGAAGCAGAUUCAGUACGUCCUCUCUUCUGAGAGGGAGAUAAGGCUUCAAGCAGAAAAAUCCUGGAGGUCCCGCCCAGCAUGGGAAGCUUUCUGCAUCUCUUAGAUUUUCCCAGUUCCUUUGGCAUUCUUAUCUCUGAAAGUUUAUGUCUCUAUUUCUCAAAAUCAGCCAAAUCCACACCCCUGAACUUCAGGGAAGGACAUAGCAGGGGUAUUUGUGGCAUUAUGAUGGUACUGKUAAGUUAGAGCUGAUUUUGAAACCACAGUUAUGCUGCAGAGACAAAACAAGAUUCUGCCCUGCCCUGGGACCAAUGCCACGGAGCUCUUUCACUGACUUUAGCUUUAUUUGAGGCUGAGAGCUCUGCCUCAGAGCCUGGGGCUCAUCUGAUGUCUGAGCCUGAGGUUUUUGCUUUCCAUGGAGCUGGGAACUGAGACAUUAUGAUGCUAUUUGAGUUUUAUU